UAAAAUGGUUGCAGAGCAGAAUUAAGCAGCCGCCCUAUUUCUCCUGAUAUCUUUCACGGCUUCAAAUGGAUCUGUGUUAAUGGUUCAAGUCUUGAUAUGUUCUAAGAAAGCAAUAACUAACAUUUCUUUCUUCAUGCAGUUUUCAGUGUGAAUUGUUUGAUUCUGUACGGACCAACGACAACAAACAAGAUGAUGCAGAAGAAAAAGAAGUUGUGCCUGGUUUUGACUGGCUUCAUUGCAGCAUUGGCUGUGGGACUGGUAUCCGCCGCAUUGGCUACAAACUUUUGGGUUGAGUCAAAGCCUGUCCGCGAGGUUCCACAACAGAUAAUAGAUUCUGCGAAGAAUGUGUCGGGAGUGUACGAUACCAAUAAAUUCAAGGGAGAAGUACAUUUCGGUUUAUUCUACGGUUCGAAAGUUCUGAACUACGGGUUUGGGGAAUCUGGCAGAGAAACAGAAAUAAUUGUUACUUGCCUGCCAGAACAGAAUGUGUGCGGUUAUAGUCUCGGAUCCGAUGAAACUCGCCGCUUGAAGGAUGUCAGAGAUCGGGUGGCGGAUGUUAACAGCUUGGUUGCUAAUGGGACAGUGCCAAAAGAAGCCCGGAAUGGCCUGUUCAACUUCGGCCUCUGGGUCGCAACGAUAAUCUUUUCGGCAUUCAGCAUAGCGUGGGGGCUGGUCUGCAUUGGUUUUGUCGUGCUAAAUGUUGGAACGAAGCCGAUUGAAACUUUAACUGGCCCCAUGGGUCUAUACUUAUGGAAUGCAUUUGCUUUGUUUUUUACGCUGCUUUCUGUCAUAAUGUACAUCAUCCUCUAUCACGUCGACCUGGUAGACAAUGUCAUGACGUCGAUGGAAAAACAGAACUACUGGACGUCUCAGGAUCGAACAUACCUCUCGUACUCUUUCUGGUUUAUGGUGGUGCCGACAGGGUGUUACCUCCUCAAUAUCAUCAUCAUCUAUAUCUCUGGCACUAAGAUCAAACCAGUUCGAUACCAGGCAUCAAUGAAACAAGCACAGAUUGAUGGUGUUAUGAUGUACUAAAAUAACUUUCUAACCAUCGAAGUUGUUAUGGUAAUUAAUAUGGUGGUCAUUGAUAAUAUGCAGGUGUCACAUUGAACAUUUUUUAAACGUCUCAGUCAUUGGUCGAAAAAUGGCUCGAAGAGUAAGAAUACUUGUAUAAAAGAAAUGGUCAUUUUCAACACCACUUCCAUUGGAAAUAUAAGUCGUGCUUCCACCUAUCAAAUCCCCGUGUCUUUGCGCUUACAUCUAUGAAUUGCCGUGUCUAAAUAGACCCGUGUGUCAAAUCCCCGUGUCUAUUAGCCCCAUCGAGCUCGAUGGGGCUAAUCGGGGGCUAAUUUAGACCCGUGUUCAACACGGGUUUUUUGAUAGGUGGAAUCUGAAUAGACACGGCAAUUGCAAGUUCUACGAUCCGGCGACAGAUGGCGCGGUGUAGUUGCCUCGGUAUUACGCAUGCGAAAUUCCCCUCCAACGGGAAAGAAACACGGGAGAGCUCCCUACCUACAGCGCACCUGUCUCCGGGGCUAUUAACCAUUAUCUAACACGGCUGAUAGGUGUUAGUGCGCCCCGGGUUUUUUUGACACACGGCGAAGACAUGGGUCUUGAAAAACACAGGGUUUUAUGAUAGGUGGAACUACGACAAGUAGUGUCAUAUUUUACCUCGUGUCAUAAUGGUAAACGAUUUACAAAAUGACAAGAAUGCUAAAAUUGUCCUCAUUUGUUUUGUUUCUUGCUGAUUGUACAGGUACAGUAGAUGUACAGUGAAUUGUGUUCUUUUACUAAUAGUGAUUAUUAUGUUGCAUUUAUACUUAAAUAAUAAUAUAAUUAUUAAUGGGACCACUGUUAGGACUUCAGGUCUUACAUGGGAUUACAGAAAUGAGUUAAAAACUCGUGGGCAUUUUUACAGAUUUAUAGAAGUAUGCAGUUAGUUUGCUCAAAAAGGAAGUCGUAUUGUUUUUGUUCUGAUUGGCCUGGUAAUGAAAAUUAAUAUUUGAAAUAUAAAUGUGGUCUUUCUUUUGUGCUUAGUACUGGGUAUCCCAUAAAACAUGCCUCCAAAUGAAAUAAAGUUGGUUGAAAAAUUGAUUGGCGUGCAUGAGAGACAACUAAUAUUCAGUGGUUUCCAUCAGAGCUCAAAUAUCCAUAAAUUGACAGUUGUCACCAUGCACUUGUCACCAUGGGCAUUCUCUAGAUACCUCCGAUCUGGAGUGGUCUAGAGCAGGGCAACAAGCACAUGUACAUUCCAGUUUUACUUCCAUUUUUAUUGUUAGUGGCUCUCAUGUAUUGAUAUCAUUAGAGAUAUUGAGCUGAUAUACAGCAUGACUUGAAACAAGCUGGAAAAAUUGUGAUAUCCUGGGCAGUGACUCGAACCUGAUGCCUGCAGGAAACGGUGGUCACACUCAGUCACACUAAAUUUUGUAGGUCAUUGGCAAUGGAUAUAUUAAAUAUUGGGUAGUUAGAUAUAGAAUAUCUAGGUUUAGUUAGUUAGGUGCAUGUUUUUAGCAAUUGGUAUAUUGGUAUGCAAUAUUAACAAGCUGGGGGGGGGGGGGGGGUUGUGACUAUGAUAUGAAUUAACAGGCCGGGGGAUUGAACUUCCUUAUCAAAUGACAUGCUCCAAGCAUAAUCUGAUCUGAAAUUACAAUUUUUUCGUCAAAGUUAACAGAACUUUGAUUGUUGUGUAUAUGUUAUUUUGUUGUAAAAUAUACAAGUUUUCCAUUCCAUUCCAUCCAUCCAUGUACUAUUCCGUCUACCUGGCCAAGGUUCAGGUUUUCCAUCCAUCCCAUUUUGGGUGAUUAUUAUUUUCUUUAUAAAAUGCUGAUAUCUCUUUUGUACAAACAAUACAGCUGUUCCUUGUGUGUGUAUUUUUAACAUGGCUUUAGAUACAUGUAUACUCUGCUUAAAGGGGAAAACCGUUCUUAAUCACUGGUGGUCCAGUAAAAUAAUGAUCCACUAAUACGCAAUGCCGUAGUGCAGUUAUUAUGAAUACCAAUUCGUUGAAAUUUGGUAUUUAUAGUAUUUGUCAUUACUUGUAUGUCUACACAAAGGCAAACUGAAAUAUAUACAUGUAUUUAGUGUGUAUUUACGCAAUUGAUAUUUUAAGCUUGAGCUUAUGUCUUCACGUCUUGUCCGUUCGUCGUCCGUCGGGAAUCUGUACAAGUUGACCCAAUUUAGAUCAAACUCUAAAAGUGUCACUGACAGUGCCACAUUUUGUCAUAUCUCAAAGUAAAUUUAACCUCCAUAUGUCAUUUCAUCUGCAACUAAAUGAUUCCCAGGUGAGCACAAUGUCAUUUCAUUCAAAUUCAAUUACAAAUUCAAACUUUUUAAUGAACUGCUUAGGCCUUUGAUAAUACUAAUCGGUCAUUAUGAACCUCUGGAGGAAUAAUAUCAUUGAAGUGCUCUGCAAACAAGGGAUUUUUGUAUCAAUAACAACUUGACGGUCGAUUGCCAACUAAUUGGCAACUACUUCCCAAUCACAAUCAUCAUGUUGACAUGAUAGGUCCGUGACAUAAAUAUUUUGUUUGCCGAGUCGUAUUAAGUGGAUCUGAAGGUGUAUUUUCUUUGGUGCAUCAAUUCUUUUAGUCAAUUUGCAUAAUAUCUUACUUUUGUCUUUCCUAUAAACUGCCUUCAAAGUUCUAGUCUAUUGCACUUUUUCUUUUCCUGUGUUUAUGCAUUUAUGCGCGACAUUUUCAUUCACUCUCACUCUAUACAAUGAUACACAACUUGUUUCCAAGCUGAAAAUGUUACAAUAUGCUAGAAGUUCCAUCCUGACUCAAACAUUCCUCUAUCUCUCCUUGUUAGGGAUUCUCAUUUGAAAAAGUAGUUUCUUUUCCACAGUCGUAUAUUUUGGGAUAAUCUGCAAACGCAAAAAGCUAUAAAAGCCAUGCGAGCAUUUCCAGGUUUUUAGUAUGACCCAACAGCCAGUCAGGUCCUCUUUUUCAAAUCAUUUAACUUAUAUUGAUCCAUUUGUUAGUGUAUUCAUGUUGCAAUCUUUCAAUGUAAAAGUGCAAUGAUUGGAAAUGCAUAUCCUCACAUGUACAAUGUAAGGCAUUGGCAAAAUAAACCCAAGA